GCUCCCCGCGUGCCUGACACACGUGAGCGGCAGCAGCUAUUGUGCGCCGGGAGGCAACGUGCUGAGGCCUGAAAAAACAGCGCGCUCACGUUUUCUCUGGAUUACAAGGAAACUGGAAAAGCCAUGUAGCACUCCCCGAUUAUUACAGGAAGCCCAGAACCACGCACUAAUAACGAAGGGCAGCGCUGUGAGGCAGAAAUCCUCAACGUAAACACGUUUGUCACGGUGAUGACAGGGCCGAGCAGUGUGGGGACGGUGCACGUGGCCUCCAUCUUAGAGCCACGGUGACAUGUUUAUCUGCUGCGGCUGUGAACGCACCGGGGGCAGGCACCGUUUGUACCUGUCAGACAAAACAAACAGCUGCCGCUCCUCGACAUGUGGCACGAGGGUGGGUGUGUCUCAUAAAUAAUGCGCACGGAGCCGCGGGAGCCACGCCCCCUCCCGCCGCCCCGCUCCGCUGUCUCUCGCUGCGAGAGGCGUGACGUGACGUGAACCGCCCGUGUCCGUUCCAGCUGAGGGGAGGGAGAGAGAGGACACGGUCGUACGUGGACGUCGCGCGGCCCCAGACACAAACCUCGAGCCCGUGCGCCCGUGACUGGAUCCACCGGAUGCACGAAAGUACAGACAGAGAAAGAGGAAACGACCUCCUCCUCCUCCCCCCCUCCUCCUCCUCCUCCUCCUCCUGACGGACGGACAGCAGAACCCGACAGCACAGAGCAGACAAACACCAAUUCAACUUGUCAUCUGACCAGCUCAGCCGCUGCUCCCGUGUGCGUGUUUGUGCGUGUUUUCUGUACACACCGUUCCUCUCACGUUGUUUUGCUUUGACGGAGCUUUCACCUGGCAGCUCUAUGCUUUUGCGGAGUCUGUUUUUUUGAGCUUUGGACGAUUACAAGUUUUUAAUUGAGACAUUUUCGUCUCCUUUUCUCGUUGACACAUUUUUCACGUCUUUGCAAGAAGUGGUAUAUUUUGUGCAGAGUGUUUCUCCUCGGAUGGUCUGACUGUUCCUCCCACUCUGCUCCUCCUGAGAAUAACAGCCUGAUCUCCUGCACACUUUUAACAACUCUCGGCUGCAAUGGAAUACUUCGAUGAGAAUAUUUCUGCGUGCAAAUAAGAAGCUCGCAACUACAAGAGAGAAGAGUCAUCCAGCAGCAUACUUGUCCCAUUGGUAGGUGCUCCACUCGGAUACCCUCGCCCCCUUACAAGUGCCCCCCCCCCCCAGGUGUCUCUCUGCGCCCCCGUCUGGUCCAGGAUGUCCAGGCAGCUCUCUCAGCUCCCGACCCCCGACCUCCCAGCCGGCGCAAGCCCACAGUUUGGAAGUUGCACCCAGCCUGCAGGCUCUCUCACAGGGGGCCACAUCAACCCCAUGGCAGGGCUGAAGUCCCUCCUGCAGCACCCCAUGAAGGGGGACCAGCGUUUAAAAACACCCAGUGAUGCGAAAGAUAAAGACAGACUGGACCUGGAUGAGGACUCCAUGGGAGUGUGCACCACGAGGAACAGCAGUGGAAUAGGCAGCAGUAAUAACAGUAAUGGUGGUGGUAGUAGUGGUGGAAAUGGAGGAGGAAGUUUCAACCAGUUCCUGGGGCCCCUCCUGUGGGAUCGCACCCUGCCGGCAGAUGGGGGCCUCUUCCAGCUGCAGUACAUGGACUUGGAGGAGUUUCUGACCGAAAAUGGAAUGGGCAGCAUGCAUAACAACAACAGCUCCAGUUCGGCCCAGAUCCCCUCACAGAGCUCCCCAUCAGCCGUGCCCAGCCAGAGUUCCCAGUGCCUACCGCCCUCAUCCCCAGCUUGCUCCUCAUCGUCUUCGCCCUCUUCCUCCCCAUCGCUCAUUGGUUUGGAGGUGGCCCAGCCGCAGAGCCUUGCAGGAGGAAGUGACUGUCUGCAUGGGAGUCAAACAAGUAUGAACGAGUCCUGUGAGUCACCCUGCUCCUCCUCCUCGUCCUCCUGUCCACCUUUGCUGACGCCCACGGGCAGCGGGCCAGACGGGACUGGAAUGUUUGACACUGACGGCUCGGACAUGGCUAUGUCCAGCAGCUCCAGCCAGCAUAACUUUGACCCCAGGAGGCACUCCUUCAGCGAAGAGGAGCUCAAGCCACAGCCAAUGAUCAAGAAGGCCCGCAAGAUCCUGGUGCCUGAUAACAUGAAGGAUGAGAAGUACUGGACCAGGAGGUACAAAAACAACGAAGCAGCAAAGCGCUCCCGAGAUGCUCGCCGUCUCAAGGAGAACCAGAUAACGGUGCGCGCUGCCUACCUGGAGAGAGAGAACGCUGCACUCCGACAAGAAGUGGCCGAGAUGCGGAAGGAACUUGGACGCUGCCGCAACAUCCUUAGUAAAUACGAGAACCGUCUCGCUGAUCAGUGAUGAAGGCACGGAGCGGAAUUAGGAAGAGGAGGAAUAUAAGCUGGAUUCAAGACUGAAUUUUGGGGGGGUUGCACGAUGGACAGAAUGGGGUCAGGAUAAUGAUGAUGAUGAGAAAGAUGAUGAUUAUGAUGAUGAUGAAUGUAUAAGACGAGGAGAAGGUUUGUGUAUUGAAGCUCAGGUGUCUUGUUGAGGUGUCAGCUCUUAAAAGUCGUGGAUGGAGAGAAUAAUUUAACAGAUGACAGAUGUGACUUUUAAGAGUUUUGUUAUUGGAGAAUUGUAUAUUUUUAUAAUACUUAUGAAAAAUUAGAGGGAGAGCAAAUUUGGAGAAUAAUUUUGUAUAUUUUCUACACGACUGGGACAUUGAAAUGGAGGAAAGCUAUGGUUAAUCUCUUUUUAUUAUAGAGGAGUCAGGAGCUGUUUUCACAGGUGGUCAGCCAUCGAUGGUUAUUUUUCAACAUGAUUCUUAUAGUCAGGAUGCAGCAGCAGCAGCGGCGAGGACGCAUGUAACAAUUGUAAUAUAUAGAGCAAAAUUAUCUCAGAAUCGUAUAGUUUGACAUUUUUGUGGAUUUUACUCAAGCACUUAAUUUUUUUGGUAUUCCUGUUCUGUUUCUGUCACUGGGAAUGGGCAAGCAGGAGGGAGAGAGAGAGGCAGAAUGAGAGACAAGAGGAGGCACCAUGUAAACAGCUCAGCAUUAUCCUCAACUCUUGUGUGGUCGUGUGUUCAUCUUUUUUAAAAAUAAUUCACCCUUUUUGAAUUGACUUCACUUCACCAACAAAAAUUCCUAAAACCUCGGCCGUAUAUGUGAAAUUGGUGCAUCUCUCACCAGUCCAUACUUGUAUCUUUUCUCUCCUCUAUCCCAGCUGAGUGUUUUUUGAAUCCUCUCUGGUGUUUCGUUCUUGUCGUGAAGCCCAGUGCGACUCUGCUCCUCCCGAUCCAAAUUUCUCUUUGUCUGUAUCGACAACCCAGAUGCUCUCUUUCUGUCUGCAGAACCCUUUCACAGUCAACUCCUCCAGGAACAGUUUGUCCCUGUGUCUCCCUUGUACCUGGACAGUACAUAGAGGAAGUUAAAUCUCAGUGUUGUAAUGUAUUCUGAAAUAGUAAUCCAACCUUCCCAGUAAAACGCACAUCGUUACUUUACUGUACUUUAUGAACACACUAUAAUUAGCAUUAUUACAGGGGGAGGAAUGAUGUGUAUAUUGGAUAGGCCUAUACUAUUUUGUGUAUUUGAUGUAUUCCAGGAGAUGGGUGGAAAAUCCCCAUUGAGUGGAAUGGUGUUAAUUUCUCAGAUUUCUGGGAGAAAUAAAAGCCAAAAUUUCCUAUGUUGAUCCACAAAGCUUGUUGCUAUGUAGUGCUUUUUUCAGUACUGCUCCUUCCUUCCUGUUUACUCCUAUUAUUACUCCUUACUUUAUACUGUAUCUAUGAACGUCUCUGUGUACCCACAUCACCUGCACAGGGCCGUGGUACACCAUGUUAUGUUCGUGGGGGAGGGAUGACUAGUAAUAGAGUGUGAUUUUAAUCCCCUUAAUGACCAUGGUGAGUAGGUACCAUUACUGCUAUUAUUAUUGUUAUGAUUAUGAUGAUUAUCCCUCUUAUUAUUGCUGUUCUAUAUUACUGAAUUAUUUUCUUUCGUUGGAUGAACAUGAUCUGUUGAUCCUAGAAACGUCUUUGAUAUUCAUUGUUCCUCAGAAAGACUAUUCCAAUGGAUAAAAAGAAGAAAAACCCUCACUCUGUUAUUUCCAUCCCGUCUCUGACCUGCAGACAGUCAGUAUGACUCAUUUUCUGCUACGGACACUACUGCCACCUGUUCCUCCCUGGAUUUCAAAGAACGAGGCUCAAUAACUUGAACAUGAUGCUCAUUGCAGACUUUCUUUUACCCUUAACGACGACCUCUUCUGUUCCUCAGCAGUGUAUGGACUAUGCACACUGUCAAUAUGCUCCGUGUUGGUUUAUUUCAGCCUUUAUCACCCUCAAUCAGUGAUUGUUUGCUCUCCCGGCAGGAUUUUAGUCUCUAAUAUCCUCACAGAUGCGGCUGAUGAAUCUAGUGACUCUUUAUUGAACUACAACUGCCCUGCUGCAUCAGUGGUGUCCAUGGUGCCCAGCCCACUAGGUGCUGGUUAUUUGGAUGUAGUUGAGAUUUCCCAAAAAACACCAAUAAAAGAUUGUUC